UGGGGCUGGCUGAACGCCGUGUUCAACAAAGUGGACUACGAACGCAUACAAGCCGUCGGCCCUGACAGGGCAGCCUCAGAGUGGCUGGUGCGGUGCGGCGCCCUGGUACGCUAUCAAGGCUAUCAGAAGUGGCAGCAGGACUACAACGGUCUCCCAACGGGGCCCUUGGGGAAAUACAAGAUAGAAGCAAUUAAUGCCACUGACUCCUGCAUCAUGUACAGAGGAUUUGACUAUCUGGAUGGUCUUGAACACGUUACAGAAAUCACGCUGCAGAAGUGUAUUUACAUACAGGACCAGUGUCUGCAGAGGCUCAGCGAGACGAAGAAUCUACAGAAGAGUCUUCUCCAGCUGAAGAUAAUUUCCUGCGGGAACGUCACAGAUAAAGGCAUCAUUGCACUUCACAAGCUGAUGAACCUUGAAUAUUUGUAUCUGAGCGACCUUCCUGGAAUAAGAGAGAAAGAAACUACUGUUCACGUCCUUCAGCAGGCGCUGCCAAACCUGGAGCUGGAGCUGGAUUUAGAAUAAACACAAUUGCCCAGAACUGAGAUGUACUCGAUUUCACAGUAUUUAUCAUAUGUUGCAUAAAUUAAGUUGUAGACGCUACUGUAUUUCCAGGUAUGGAAAUAAGCCCAGAUCUUCCAAUCCA